UACACGUGCACGAUAUAAAUUCUCUUCAAAAUGGGUAAAAAGGACAAAAACAAGAAAAAGGGGAAAGGCGCUGAAAAAACAGCAAUGAAAACUGAUAAAAAGCUUGCAGCGAAGCAAAAGAAAAUGCUGGAAAAGCUUGGAGAGGCUGACAUUGCUGAUAUUGUGCGAAAAUUGGAGGAUGAAGAGGCCAGAAGAACUGCGAUAUUGGAAGAGGUGUGUCAACCGCCGAGCCCGCGCUCUAGUUUCACAUUAGUGUCACAUCCAGAGAAAGACGAACUCAUUAUGUUUGGUGGCGAAUUUUAUAAUGGUUCCAAAGUUUGCGUCUACAACGAUUUAUAUUUCUACAACAUUAGCCGCAACGAAUGGAAGCAAUUGCGUUCCCCUUCAGGACCAACUCCAAGGAGUGGCCAUCAAAUGGUAACUGUUGCCACCGAUGGAGGUCAAUUGUGGCUCUAUGGCGGUGAACAUGCAAGUCCUUCACAGCUACAGUUCUACCACUACAAAGACCUCUGGAUGAUGAGUUUGAAGACAAGAAAGUGGGAAAAAGUUCCUGCACCUAAUGGGCCAAGUGCGAGAAGCGGCCACCGCAUGGUGGCUUCUAAGAAGCGGCUUUUUGUGUUUGGUGGCUUCCACGACAACAAUCACACCUACAAUUAUUUCAACGACGUGCAUGUGUUUUCAUUAGAAAGCUAUUCAUGGGUAAAGAUCGAGGUUGGUGGUGCAAUUGUACCCUCAGUGCGCUCGGGAUGUUGUAUUGCUGCAGCACCAGAUGGCAAAAUCCUAAUUUGGGGUGGCUACUCCAAAGCUAGCAUGAAAAAGGAUAUAGACCGGGGCGUCACUCAUACGGACAUGUUUGCACUCACACCAGAUAAAAGUUGUGCUGAUAAGUACAAAUGGAGCUCGGUAAAACCAAGUGGCUACAAACCAAAGCCUCGAAGCAGCGUGGGAUGCGCUACUGCGCCGAAUGGGAAGGCAUAUUGCUUUGGAGGUGUAAUGGAUGUAAACGAGGACGACGAAGACGUGCAAGGACAAUUUGGCGACGACUUGCUCGCACUGGAUUUAACAGCACAAUCUUGGCGCUUGCUUGAAAUAGGGCAGAAGUCUAGUGCCAGUACCAAAAUGGCAGAAAACCAAUCAAUCAUUAGUCCGGAAAAGGUCGAAUCAACAGUUACUACUGAUGGUAUUUUCACAAUGACUGUUGGAGGGUCAAGUAGUAGCACGCCCUCUGUAUCCACUAUGCCAAGUCUAUUUCCUAACCGUCGCCCCACUAAUGUCCCAUCUCCUCGCAUGAGCCCGGGCUUAUGCGUUUGCAAAGGCGUUUUGUAUUUAUUUGGAGGAUUGCAUGAAGAAGAUGAUAAGCAGAUUACUCUCAACGAUUUCUACACAUUGGAUCUGCACAAGUUGGACGAGUGGAAGGUUCUCAUUGCAAACCAACAAAAUACUCACGAUUGGGUCGAUAGUGAGAGCAGUAGCUCUGACGAGGAGUACAGCAGCAUAGACGAAGAUAGUUCCAAUGAUUCCGAAAUGGAUACCGACUAAUUACAUCUUUAAGGUGACAAUUCAAGUUUUUACAAUAUAUUUUCAAAAUACAACAGCGCGUUUACAUAGAAACCCAUGAAUAAUAAAAAUAUUGAAAUGCCUAGUCUUUUGAAAAAAAAUA